GCCACAAUAUCCCCCGAAGUUUCUUGCUCAGAUAUGAAAUAUUUUGCCUACAAACUAGGCUACCUCUCAAGAGUGAACAUUCGACGUGAGGCCCAGAAAGCCGAACCUCGCUUAUUCAAACUCCUCGGCCAUGCGACGCUAUUCGACAACGCAAGAAAUUAUGUCACCCAGCAUCUAGAUGACGAAGUCGACGAAGUCGAAAUUGAAGCAGACGCUACUAUUGAGUGGGAUGAAGAUGAAGACGACGCGACCAUUGAAUACGUGGAAGACAUUAGGGACGAUCAGGUCUCGAUACUCGACGCACCAAUUGUUCACUCCUCAGUGUCCUCGUCGAAAGAAAACUCAUUAGGGCUCGUUUGCAAACCUCGAACUUUGUCGAUACUGCAUGCUUCGCCCAUCGAGUCGCAGCAUAUUGAUGAAGAUGACUGGGACAACGACAGCAAUACCAGUACGGAAGCAGGAGAUGACGACGAAGGCCAUUGGAGUGACACGACUUGUGAGGAAGAGGACGUUUAUGUGGCCCCGGUGGAUCCCGCCACUUCCGAUCCCUAUCUGCUGAAGUGCGCAACGCCUACAUUUCCUCAACACAAGGCGGCUGAUGAUGACAUUAUCCUCUGGUCGCAGCAGCCACGCGUCCUAACACUUCGGCAAGUCGAAGAUAUGUUUGUUGAAGCAUUUGGCUAA